AUGGCGUUGUUUAGUGCGGUGGUCUCAAUCAUCCUGUUCGCGAGCUCAAUAUCAGGGACACUCCUGGGCGUGCCAACAGUGCCAUUUACAGGCAAAGGGUCCCAUCUCGACCUAAGGGAUGUGAAGACAAUAGUGGUCGACACUGCACAUGGUUCAGCAAAGGACCAAAAUGGGCAGACACUUAUUCCCCCAACGCUCGACGAGUUUGCGGAGACCUUUGCAAAGGACUGGUUAAACAUUCUGGGCAGCAAAGUAUCUCUGAAGCACGACUCCACUGAGAGUCAUGGUACGAUCUUCCUUACGCUCGGAAACCGCACCGAAUUCAAGGAUGCGGCUGGAAGAUGGACGUCGGAAGCAUACUCUCUCGAGGUUCGCAGCGACUGUGUCAAGAUCGUGGGAGCAAGUCCGCUGGGAGUGUGGUGGGGCACGCGAUCAGUCCUGCAGCAAGCAGCGCUACAUGACGGGAUAAUUGAGACUGGCUCUGGAGUAGACAGCCCAGGCUGGGGCACACGAGGAGUCAUGUUUGACGGCGGACGACAUUAUUACCCUCCGGAAUUCAUCAUCGAGAUGUGCAGUUGGAUGUCCUUCUACAAGCAAAAUGUCUUUCAUCUGCACUUGAGCGACAAUCUCUACAACAACAUCAAGAUCUACUCGCGUGAGAGGCAGCUGGAUCUGUACGCUCGAUUUCGCCUAUGGUCCGAGGACGAGGCGGUCAAAGGACUGAACAAGCAUAAGAAUGAAUCCUACACUCGCAGUGACUUUGACCACAUGCAGUCUAGCUGUGCAGCGAGAGGCGUCACCAUCAUCCCAGAGAUCGAAGCUCCCGGACACGCUCUUGUGUUCAGCCAGUUCAACGAAUCACUUGGUCUCAGCGACGAUCUUUCCUUGCUCAAUCUUACCAACCCUUAUAGCACGGAAUUCAUGAAGACGGUAUGGAAGACGUUUCUGCCCUGGUUCCAGAGCAAGGUCGUUCACAUUGGAGCUGACGAGUAUGUGGACGACAAAUUAACCAAGACUGCUCUUGCGGAAGUCUACAACGACUUCGUCAAUGAGAUGAACAAGUUCAUCCCGAGCAUCUCAGGCAAAGAAGUGCGCAUUUGGGGAACCUUCCCUCCGUCAAAGAAUUACAGCAAUAAUAUCGCCACAGAAGUAUCGUUGCAGCACUGGGAGUUCUUCGAGGACAAUCCGUACUACGAUUACAUCAAGAACGGCUACCGAGUGGUCAACUCUGAUGAUCACAACUACAUCGUCCAGAAGUACAGCACGAGUUAUCCACAACAGCUGAACCACACCUUAAUCUUCCACGGUAACCCAGAAGGCGGAGCAUUCGCACCAAACAUCUUCGAUCCGAACAACGCCACAAACAACCCCCCAAAGGAUAAUCCAUUUGUGCUCGGUCAUCUAGCCGCUCAGUGGAACGAUUACGGCGCCAACACUUCCACCUAUCUGGAAGCCUAUUAUCCGUGGCGAGCCUAUCUCCCCGCGCUCGCAGACAAACAAUGGGGCGGAGAAAUCACCGAAGACCAAUACGACCAAAUCUACGACACCCUCCAAUCCGCCGCACCAGCCCAAAACCUCGACCGAAGAGUCCCAUCCAAGACCCGAACCAUCUUCUCCUACAUCUUCCCUCCAUCUUACAGCAAAAUCACAAUCCCCGAUCUUUCCCAAAACAACUACGACGCCCAGACAAAUUGCCAAGCCUCCGAUGGCGCUUUACAGAUCGCCGAAGGCUGCAAAUUAUCGACUCCUUUGACUUCGAAGGGAGGCGAAUACACCCUCUCUUUCAAAAUCAAACAAACCUCCAAAACCCCCGGUCCCAUCUUCACAGGUCCGGAUUCUGAGUUGCGAUCCGGAAACGGGACUUCGGAUAAAGUCAUGAUCGUCAGUGCAGGGAAUGCUUUUGCUUUGAAUUACAGUUUGCCGGUGGGAGACUGGGUAGAUGCGGCGUUGGUGGCACGAGGGAAUCGGACUUUUUUCCGAGUGGAUGGCGGGAAGCAAGAGCAUGAGUUUUUGGCGAUCGUUGGUGUGAAUGGGGAAAGGUUUGCUUGGGCGCCGUUGAGCGUUGUUGCGCCCAUUCAGACGUUUGGGGGUGGGGAGUGGGAGGGUGAGUUGAAGGAUGUGAUGCUUGUUAAUAAUGCGUAG